UGGGCGGCCUUGGCGAGGACUGCGUUCCCGUCCCGGCCGGCGGUGCCCAUGGCGUAGCUGCGCCGCUGCGCGCCUGCCCCGCGGGACGCGGCGUGGACAGACCUGCCGCCGGGCAAAUAAAACUCCAGAAGAUCUGAUUUCAAAGCUCACCACAAAUUUCAAAGAAAGUAAAUCUACAUGAGGAGCCACAAAGCAAGUUGAUUUGAGAAGAUACAGCAUUUACAAAAAUGUCAAGUUGUGUGACUUCAGUAUUUGCUUUCAUGGUUUUGUGCUUUGCAGCUGCAGGUCCUGUGCCUCAGAGGGAAUGUGUCUUGUCACCUGUUAACAAUUCGCACCCAGUCCAUGCCUUGCUGGAAAGCUUUACAGUCCUGUCUGGCUGUGCAAGCCGGGGCACGACGAGCCUGCCCCAAGAGGUGCACGUCCUCAAUCUCAGAAACCCCAAGGAGGGUCUUGGCCAUCAUGAAAGAGAGGUCACAUUACAUUUGAAUCCAAUUUCAUCAGUGCAUAUUCAUCAGAAGCCUCUGGUGUUUCUUCUCAACUCUCCUUUGCCUUUGGUCUGGAAACUAAAAACAGAAAGAUUGGCACCUGGAAUCCGAAGAGUUUUCUUUGUGUCUGUAGGUUCCGUUGUUCAGUUUGAGAAGGGAAACUUCUCUUUGUCAGCAGAAACAGAAGAAAAGUUUUUUCCUGAGAAAAAUGAACAUCUGCUACAAUGGGCCCAGAAGGAAUAUGGAGCAGUAACGUCUUUCACUGAACUGAAAAUAUCAAGAAACAUCUACAUUAAAGUAGGAGAAGAUCAAGUUUUUCCUCCCUCGUGCAACAUAAAGAAGAAUUUUCUGUCUUUGAAUUACCUUGCGGGGUACCUGCAACCAAAACCAGCAGAGGGGUGCCUCAUGUCUAACUUAGUCCAGGGAAGAGAAGUUCAUAUCAUUGAACUAAGUACUCCAAAUUCCAAUCCUAACAGUGCUCUCCAGGUGGAUAUAAUCGUGGACAUUAAACCAUCUCAGCCAGGCGCCAGGCUUGUCAGGGAUGUGGUGCUUAUCCUCAAGUGCAGAAAGUCUGUCAAUUGGGUUAUCAAGUCUCAUGAUGUCCAGGGAAAGCUGGAAGUGAUUACAUCAAAUAGUAUUGGUUUUGGAAAAGAAACAGAACGAUCCAUGACUAUGAGUAAAUCAGUUAUACCUGACCUUCCCUCAUCACAUGAGAGUUUGAUCAAGUGGGCUUAUGAGCAUAAUUACAGUCCAGUUAUUUCCUACACAAAAGCACCUGUUGCUAACAGAUUUCAUCUGCAACUUGAAGAUAUAGAAGAGAUGAAUGAUGAAGAAGACCAUUCCCUUCCUCCAGAGCUGACAGAAUUGCUGGGUGCUAACCCACUGCCAGUUCCAAAGAAUACUGAUGGCCUGACUUUUCCAUUUCACAUUAACAGAGGAAGACAUGACACAGUGGGAGAAGAAAUCUUCCCAUCCAGGCAUUCAGUAGAUGCAUUAAUAAAUCAUGACUUCGGGCAUUCCCUCUCAAAACACAAAGAACCUGAAGAAGUUCAGGGCAGUGCUGAUAUGGCCCUGUCAAUAAAGUGUGAUGACAAAGUUAUGACAGUAGCUGUAGAAAAAGAUUCUCUACAGGCCGGCGGCCACGCCCGCACCGAGCUCUCGCUGCUGGACCACUCCUGCAAAGCCAGCAUGAACGGCACCCACUUCAUCCUGGAGUCCUCACUCAACAAGUGCGGCACUCGGACAGCGUACAUCUUCAACAAGAUUGUCUAUUUUAACUCUAUUGUCAUUCAGCUAUCAGCACCAGCUGAAGGCAGUGGCUUUGAAGAUGAGGACAUGGAAUCAGGUGAUAAUGGAUUUCCAGGGGAUGCUGAUGAGGGAGAGGUGCCUUUCUCCAGCUGGCCUGAAAUAGCGUUUAACUGCACACUGCACCAGCCAGAGGAUGACAAAGGCAUUUUCUGGCCUCCUGAACCUCACAUCACAAAUGUCACCUUCAACAUGGAUCUGUACAAAACAGAUUUAUUCCUUGCUCCCUCCCAAGGACUCUUCUCUGUUGGCAAGAAUGGGCCAGUAUAUGUAGAGGUGUCUGUGACUAAAGCUGACAGAUCGUUGGGCUUUGCUAUUCAAACGUGCUUUAUUUCCCCGUUUUCAAAUCCAGAUAGAAUGUCUGACUAUACCAUUAUAGAAAACAUUUGUCCUAAAGAUGAAUCUGUUAAAUUCUACAGUAUUGAGAAAAAGAAUUUUCCAAUACCACAUGCACAGAAGGAUAGAAAAAGAUUUAGCUUUGUGUUCAAACCGAUGUUCAACAUCUCACUGCUCUUUCUUCACUGCGAGCUGACUUUGUGUACAAAUAAAGACAAAGAUACUCAAGGACUUCCAAAGUGCAUUCCUCCUGAUGAAGCUUGCACCUCUCUCAAUGUGGAUAUGAUCCUGGCCAUGAUGCACAACAAGAAAACUUUCACCAAGCCCCUUGUUGUAAUAACACAUGAAGGAAAACAAGAAGAUCCGUCCCUUCCAAAGCCAAACGUGAGACAGCCACCGGUGCUGUACGGGCUGGACACGCUGACGGUGGUGGGCAUCGCCUUCGCCGCGUUCGUCAUCGGAGCCCUGCUGACUGGAGCGCUCUGGUUCAUCUACUCGCGCACAGGGGAGACAGCGGGAAGACAGCAGGUCCCUACAUCGCCGCCAGCCUCCGAGAACAGCAGUGCAGCCCACAGCAUUGGCAGCACACAGAGCACCCCCUGCUCCAGCAGCAGUGCCACCUAACCCAGGGACACAGCCAGGGAGCAGCACAGGACUGUGGGGACAUUGGACAGCAGCUUCUGAACGUUGAAAGGAUCGGUUUGGUUGUUUCUGGAAAAAAUGAGGAGGGAUUUUUCUAUGGGGGGAAAAAAAAGACUGAUUUUCUUUUGGGGAAGCCACUGUGUGUGUGAGUGUGUAAAUGAGCACACAAUGCAUGAGUGAACACAGCCUGUUGGAUCUUGUUAGCAUGUUAUGCUACAUGUGACAAAGCUACUAAUUUUACAGUACUGCAACCUGUUCUAGGGGUCUGUGGGCCCUCAAUGUGAAAUCUAUGCCAGUUUGGAAAAAUGCUGCUUUGUCUAUAUGAUUUUUUCCUUUCCCUGAACCUUAUCAUUGACACAAGGUAUUCAUUAAGGGAAUUCAGUCAUAGAAUCACAGAAUGGUUUGGGUUGGAAGGGACCUUAAAGAUCAUCUAGUUCCAACCCUCUGCCCUGGGCAGAGACACUUUCCACUAGACCAGGUUGCUCAAGCCCCAUCCAAUGUGCCUUUGAAUACUUCUAGAGAUGGGAUAUCCACAACUUCUCUGGGCAACCUGUUCAGGUCCUCACCACCCUCACAGUAAAGAGUUUUUUCCUAAUGUCUAAUCUAAACCUCCCUAUUUCAGUUUAAAGCCAUUACUCCUUGUCCUAUCACUACAUAAGAUAAGAACAAAGGUGAACUUAGGUCAAAGGAUUUUUCUUUUUCUGAGCAAGAAAGCAUCAAUGUCAGAUCUCCUUGGUAAAUAACAUUUUAUUAUUCAGCUACAUUUAGCCUCUUUUGAAUAAUCUUUGUUUUUUCAGCUUACAGCUACAGCAUCUCAUUUGCUUUCCUGUUGUGUUUGCAGCUUCAGGUUUGUUCCAGGUAUUUUUGUUAUUAUAGUCAUUGAUUUAGUAAUUGGAAAAGAGCACACUCUAACAUUCCCUCUCUUGUUUUACGGGCCAAAGCUCUUUUAUAAGAGGUUUUUUGAUCUGCUAUAUCAAAAACAGGCGCACACAAACAUUAAAACAAAAAUGGUCUUAUGCACUAACAUAGAUGGGUGUGUACCUUUAAUGGCAAUGUCUUUAUGCAAAUAGAUCUAUAUCAAGGUAUACACAGCCUAACCACUUUACCAAUUGGAAAUUAGCACAGCAUUCCUUCUAUACAUAAACAUAUAAUCCAUAAAUAGAUAUAUAUAAAAAAAAGAAAAACUGUCUUUUCAGUUUAUAACAGUAGAUAGAUGAGCUAAAAAAGUUGAUUUGGUUCUAAUCUUUUAGCUAGCCUAAAUUCUCUUUAAAAUAAGACAUGGGUUUGAGGGCACAAGGAAUGUACAAUAGUGCCUGUUGUUUGCUAUUCUCUGAAAAUAGUUGUGCAGUUGUUUGUGUCAAACUGUUGCAUGAAUGUUAUCAUUGGAUAGUCCCAAAGUAGUAUCAGAAUAUGGAAAUGGGAGAAGGGUACUAAUUGUCACUAUUUUUAGUGUCAUUGCCUUAUCUUCACCUUCAAAUUGAUGCAAAAUGAAAAGCAGAAAAAGACACUUUUAACAUGUAAUUGUUUGACUGUUACUUGCCACUUUGUAAUGUGUUCUACUGAUCCUUCUUUGAGGAAGAGAGGGCAUGGGUUUCCUCUAAGAAUGAGAUGAAUAACUUUCAUUAGUUGUAGUGAAGAUUACCUGUGCUCUGCAAGAGAGGAAGGGACUUCAUUACACUCGAGUGAUAGUCUGCU